AAGGGAACUUACAAGGGAUAACUUCUCAUCUGUUAGUAGUGACGGUCGGCCAGUGUGGACAAUGGCGAAUGUGAACACAGAGCUGGCGUGUUUAGGCCGUCCAUUCCAGUUGGGGAUGUUGUAUGACUGUCGCUCAGACUCUCUGAUCCCAGCUGUCACACUGUGGGACUUGGAAACAUUGAAAAACCACCUGGAUGUGCGACCUCAACCGAAUACUGAGUUUAAUAUCAUUGCCUCAGAUGGCAUUGAGGACAAAGCUAAGGCCCUGAAUGUGACAGCGACAUUGAAGGGGAGCUUUCUGGGUGGAUUGGUCAAGGUGGAAGGUUCUGCAAAGUUCUUGAAUGACAGAAAGAAAUCUGAGCAUCAGGCCCGAGUGACCCUCCAGUAUUCCACCACAACAAAAUUUGAGCAAUUGACAAUGACCCACUUGGGGCGCCAGAAUGUGUCUUACCCCUACGUGUUUGAUCAGGGCACAGCAACGCACGUGGUCACAGCAGUGCUGUACGGCGCUCAGGCAUUUUUUGUAUUUGAUCGAGAAGUCUCUUCCUCAGAAAAUCUACAAGAUAUUCAGGGUUCAAUGAAAGUGUCUAUUAACAUCAUACCGAAGGUUGCAAUCGAGGGUGAAGGUUCAUUUAAAAUGAAGGAGGAAGAGAAAGAAAACACACAGAAGUUCAGCUGCACCUUCUAUGGCGAUUUUGCACUUCCAAACAAUCCCACUACAUUCGAAGAUGCUAUGAGUGUUUACUCAACUCUGCCACAGCUGUUGGGAGAGGAUAGAAAGCAAGCGGUGCCUGUCAAAGUCUGGCUCUAUCCACUCAAUCAACUUGACUCAAAAGCAGCUCAGCUUGUAAGGGACAUCAGUAUAAAUCUGGUCAACCGGGCCCAGGCUGUGCUGGAACAAGUCAAUGAGGUGGCGACAAAAUGCUGUGAUAUGAUGAAAGACCAAGUCAGUGAUCAAUGUCCAGUGAUAAAAGAAAAGAUCCAGAGGUUCAGAGCAAUGUGUGUGGAGUACAAACAGGAUUUCCAGAAGGCCUUGGCCAGAGUGUUGCCAUCUAUUCGGGGAGGUGGGGAGGAGGAAGGGAAACUGGUGGAUAUUCUGAAGAACAUGGAACAAUCCCCAUUCAGAAGCCAAUCACUCACACAAUGGCUGGACAACAAGAACAGGGAAAUGUCUGUGGUCAGAAGUUACCUCAGCCAAAUGAAUGCCAUAAAAAUGGUAAAAUCACGCAGUGAACUGGAUAUGGAGAUACUGGACAUGAACACAGAAUAUGUGAUCUGCUUCAUGUUCACAUCGCUGCACCAGGAAGAUUUGUAUUUGUUAGAAAUGGCCAAGCAUCUUCGAUGUGAAACGACUGAGAAAACCCAGCUUCCAACAUCAGAUCAGAAGCAAUGGGUCCACUCAGUGACCGUAUCCCGUGAGAUGAGAAAGCGAGCACGAUUAUUCCUGAGAUUUCACAAAGCCAACAAAGCGGACAAAAAUACAAAAUUCAUUGUUGCUUCUGAGCCGGACGAGGAGCAUGUGGGAGCUUCCAUUUACCUGUAUGAAGGAGGAGAUUUGGUGAACCGCUGCUUCAAGCCUCCAGCUCCCUCUGUUUGUGGAAAGACCCAUGACAGUGUGAAGCUACGGCUACAGGCACUGGAAACUGGCAGUUGCGAGUCCAUCCAGUUCCGGGUAGAAUAUCGCAGCUCCCAGGGGGAAGAAUGGACAACUUCAAACACAGAAGUGGAAUCAGACUUCUGCACCAUAACUGGUUUAUCUCCAUACCAGGAGUAUGAUUUCCAAUACAGAGCAGCGUGCAGUCCACCUAGUGAUACUGUGAGUGUGACUACACUGCCCACAAGUGCCCCAGAGAAGGUUUCAAUGUGCCAGGUAGAGGGCUUUGAUGUGGCAGUCUCCUGGGACAGGCCUGCCCAGAUUGGACAUGGCGUCACUAUAGAUCACUACAAGUUAGAGUAUAGAGAAACCAUCAGCGGCAUCUCCAGUCCUGGGACUAACACAUGGGAAAAGAUCAGGACAAAAGACAAUGAAGUUCUUUACACAUUGAAGGGGCUGAAACCAAGUACAACCUACACACUGAGGGUGUCUGCUGUGUGUGGACAGGUGGAGAGUGCACACAGUCACCUCGCCUCAAUAACAAUAGACAAAGAACCAAAGUCACGGGCCCGAAGGCCUCUCACAGGAAGCACAUUAAUAACCAGAAGCUAUGCUGCUUACAAGCUCCCAUUACAUACACAGAGACUCGGCAAGAAUGGAGAGUUUACAAAAUACAGCUUUGGAAGCCAUUCACCCACACAGAGUGAGAAGACCAUCUUGCUUCUCGGAGAAAGUGAAUUUGGAAAAAGCAGUCUCAUCAAUGACAUGGUGAACUAUAUCCUUGGUGUGGAGCACGAGGACUUGUUUCGUUACAAACUGACCGAGGAAGAAACAAACCGCUCCCAGGCUGAAACAUCUUCCAUCAUCGUCCAUGAAUUCAACCACCAAGAGGGGUUCAGGGUUCCUUUCUCUCUGACUAUUGUCGACAUCCCCAGAUUUGCAGACGCAUCACAAAAUAAACACAUCCCUGAAUAUAUCAGAUGUUACAAACUCUAUCAUCAGAUCAAAGAUCUUUUUUCUUCUCAAGAAGUUGUGAAACAAAUUGAUGCCUUGUGCUUUGUUGUCCAAGCCUAUUUAGUGCAAUUAACUUCUGAUCAGGAAUGCCAAUUUAGUUCAUUUCUUUCUAUGUUUACGGAGGAUGUGACUGAGAACAUCCGUGUGCUGGUCACCUUCGCAGACAGACAGGUUCCUCCUGUUCUCGAGGCCAUCACCCAAUCUGACAUACCAUGUCCCAAAGAUGACAAGAUGCCUCUUCACUUCAGAUUCAAACCCUCAGCUGUGUUCACCCACACCGCAGCCUCUGGAGAGCCCACCGAUUGUAGUGACAGUGAUUUGGAGGAUGAUAACUUUCACAGUAUGAAACAACUCUUUGCAGCUCUGAGGAAGAUGGAAACAAAAACUGUGAAGAAGGUUCUUCAGAAAGCUCCAGCCUCUCUGACUCUGGAUCCUAACACAGCCCAUCCCCGGCUCAUCCUGUCUGAGGACCGGACCCGAGUGAGACUCGGUGACAGAGAACAGCUGCUUCCUGACACACAUCCGCGUGUUAAAUACUUGGUUCAUCAUCGUCGGUUGCUCAGUGACUGGCCCCGUGUCCUGGGGUCUGAGGGGUUCACAUCAGGGAGACAUUACUGGGAGGUGGAGGUGGGGAACAGCACAUACUGGACAGUGGGGGUGGCCCGAGAGUCUGUGCCCAGGAAGAGUAUUUCACACAUGGACCUGAGGCUGGAGUCUGGGCUGUGGGGCUGUACAAUGGGGAAUAUAAAGCUCUAUCCUCACCUCAUACCCCCCUCCCCCUGAGGGUGAGCCCCCGGGUGCUGGGCGUGUACCUGGACUAUGCGGGAGGACAGGUGUCGCUGUACGACGCUGAACACAUGUCUCAUCUCUUCACUUUCACCCACAAGUUCACUGGGAAACUCUUCCCGUACUUCAGCACUGACUUUGACACCGACCUGACACUAACCCCCCGACACUGACCGCGGGGCCUAUCAGAGCGCGACGGGUCACAUUGACAUCUCGGCGGACCAAUGGGACGAUCCAAUUGAGGGGGCGGGUGUUCAGAAAGGACCAAUGGGGAGCGAGUGGGCGCUGACAGAGUGACGGUUGGAGGAGGAGGAGAAGCGCGGACAUGGCGGCGGCGGCGGCGGCAGUGGGGGGUUGAGCAGUCGGGGAGGGAGCGGCCCCGAGAGGCGGGACAACUCGGCGCUGAUGGCGGAUCGGGUCAGUGAGACGGAGUGUGAGAGCGUGUGGGUGUGUGAGCGCGUGUGGGUCUCAGUCUCUCUCUCUCUCUCGGUCUCUCACACACAUUCCGAGUGAUCAGAUAAUUAAUAAAACUCGUGAAAGUCAA